UAAAAACAAAAUUCAGCUAGAGACCGACGUCUUCUUGAAAAAUCUAUAGCAUUAGACCACUACCAAAAAUAUAAAGAUGACGUCAUAUCCCGUGUGUUUUAUAGUAAUUCUAGCAAUAACAGGUGCACAGGUGUCAGCAUAUGGACAAGGCAGAAACCAGAUGCCUGGCGCAAUGCCUGGUAGUGGUAUGUCAGGGAAUGGCGCCACUGGUAAUGGAAUGCCAGGUGGAAACAUGAUGCAAAAAGGAAAUAUGCAACCUGGCAUGAUGGGUAUUGCUGGAUUAAUGAUGCCAGGAAAUAUCGGUUCUUCUGGUGCAAUGAUGCAAGGGAUGAUGCCAGUCCCUGAACCAUCACAGCCUGAUUCAAUGUCAAUGAUGACACCAGGAGCUAUGCCAGAAAAUAUGCCAGGAGCUAUACCGGGAUCCAUGCCGGGAAAUAUGCCAGGAAACAUGCCAGGGGCUAUGUCAGGAGCUAUGUCAGGAUCCAUCAUGCCAAAUGCAAUGAUGCAAGCACCUGGAAUGAUGCCUGGUGCACCAUCACCUGAACCAGCACCUGGAAUGCCAGGAAAUAUGCCAGGAGCUGUGCCAGGAAACAUGCCAGGGGCUAUGCCAGGAAAUAUGCCAGGAGCUAUGCCAGGUUCCAUCAUGCCAAAUGCAAUGAUGCAAGCACCUGGAAUGAUGCCUGGUGCACCAGUACCUGAACCAGCACCUGGAAUGCCAGGAAAUAUGCCAGGAGCUAUGCCAGGAAACAUGCCAGGAGCUAUGCCAGGAAAUAUGCCAGGAAACAUGCCAGGAUCCAUUAUGCCAAAUGCAAUGAUGCAAGCACCUGGAAUGAUGCCUGGUGCUAUGAUGACAUCUGCCCCAGCAACAAGUCCUGGUUCUAUGGGACAACCCUCACAGACUGGGUCUACACCAGGUGCCAUGAUUCCAGCUCCUGAACCUGCUCCUAUGAUGUCUGGAGCCAUGGGAUCUGCACAAAAUGGUAUGUCUGGAAGUAUGAUGAAUGGCAUUAAUGGAGGCAUGAUGCAAGGUGGAAGAAUGAUGAUGCAAGGAGGAGGAAUGAUGAUGCCAGGAAUGAUGAUGCCAGGUGGAGGAAUGAUGAUGCCUGGUGGAGGUAUGGGGCAGGGAGAGGGAAUGGGACAAAGUGGAGCAGGAAUGAUGCAAGGAGGAGAAAUGAUGAUGCCAGGAGGAGGAAUGAUGAUGCCUGGUGGAGGCAUGGGGCAGGGAGAGGGAAUGGGACAAAGUGGAGCAAGAUUGAUGCAAGGAAGAGGAAAUAUGGGCACAGGUAUGGGAGGAAGUAUGGGAGGUGAAGCAUCUAUGCCAUCUCCACCUCAACCACCGGAGCCUGCUCAGCCUGCAGAAAUUGAAGGCAGUGAAAUAGAAGGUGCUGCAGCUGGCGGGGCUGCUGGAGCCGGUGGAGCUGGGCCUAAGAUGAUGGUUAUGGUAGGUGGAGGUUCAGGUGGUUCAGUGAUGUCCUCUGGAGGCAAAGGUAGUGGUGACAUGAUGGUCAUGACCCCAGGCAAGGGAAAUGGCAUGAAUGGAGGAGGUAUGGGACAAAACAUGGGAAGAAUGAGUGGCAUGGGCAGUUUAAUGGGAGGAAUGUCACCUAUUAAUAUGGGUAUGAUCAUGGCGGCUGCCUCCAUGAUGAAAAGAAUGAAUGCAGGAAGUCAAGGCUCAAUGAUGCCUGCAUCCCAGAUGAUGAUGACACCCAUGAUUAUGCGCCCUUCAAAUAUGAUGAUGCCAUCUAUAAAUAUGUUACCAAAUAUGAUGUCAACUCCUAAGACUAUGAUGAUGCCCUCUGGCAUGGGACAAGGAAUGGGUGGAAUGAUGGGAUCCGAAAUGGAAGGCAUGACGGGAUCUGGAAUGGGAGGCAUGAUGGGACCAAGAAUGGGAGGCAUGAUGAAAGCUGAAAUGGAAGGAAUGAUGAAAUCUGGAAUGGGAGGGAUGAUGGGAUCCGGAAUGGGAGGCAUGAUGGGAUCUGGAAUGAAUGGAAUGAUGGGAUCCGGAAUGGGAGGCAUGAUGGGAUCUGGAAUGAAUAGAAUGAUGGGAUCCGGAAUGGGAGGAAUGAUGGGCGGUGGAAAGAUGGCAGGUCCGUCAAUGAAAUAUUGGUAAUAAAACACAUACAAAUCCAAGCCAAGAAGACAAUGAAAAUUCUAUAUUAUUAUCCUUCACCUAAAUAAAAUAAAUGCUACACAAUCCCUUUA